CCAGCUCCUCCUAAGCCCACUCUGCCUGCCCCCAUUCAGGCAAAUGCAAAGGCUGCAUCGCCUGUCGUGACUCACAUCCCGCCCCCUGGGCCUGCUCCCCUUCCUCCUGUGAUAAAAAAGCAGCCGAAUUUCACAGCUCCUCUGCCAGCCCCUGUUCCUCCAGGCCCUGCUCCCCCUCCCACCUUACCAAAACAGCAGAGUUUCUCAGUUAAACCUCCCCCCUCUCCGCAGUCUCCUGGACCGUCUGUUGUGAAGCAAAUAGCCAAUCAGUUUCCACCUCCUCCAACCCCUCCAGCAACAGAGCCUCAGCCUGUGAAGCCUGUCCCAGCAAGUGGGGCCCCACAGUCACCGCCAGCAGUGAAAGCAAAACCCAAGUGGCAACCCACCUCUGCUCCAUCUCCUGAUUUUCCUCCUCCUCCACCUGAGAGCACCCUAGUGUUUCCUCCACCACCUUCCCCAGCUCCUUCUGCAGCUUCUCCUACCCUGGACAAGGCGGGAUCUCCAGUCAAAAAGGCCAGCAAGACCUCAAGUCCUGGAGGGAAGAAGCCACCCCCAACACCUCAGCGAAACUCCAGCAUCAAAUCCAGCAGCUCUGCUGAGUACCAUGAAUCAAAGAGACCUUCGGUAGACAGCCUUGUCAGCAAAUUUGCACACCCACCAGAGCCCUCAGGGUCUCCUUCCAAGGAGUCCCCACCUCCUCCUGCAGCUCCACCAAAGCCAGGAAAGCUAAAUCUUUCUGGGGUGAAUCUGCCUAUAGUUCUCCAGCAAGGAGGUGUUUCAGCAAAGGCACCUGCAAUAGGAGUGUCUGAGAAGGAGCCCAUGGUAGAAUUUCCUUCUCCUCCAUCCGAUUCUGACUUUCCACCACCUCCACCGGAAAUCGACUUGCCGUUACCACCAAUUGAGAUCCCAUCAGUGUUUUCAGGUAGCGCCUCUCCAAAAGUUGCUGUUGUUAAUCCCCAGCCUCAGCCCUGGUCUAAAUCAUCGGUGAAGAAAGCCCCCCCGCCCACGCGCCCCAAGCGGAAUGACAGCACACGACUUACACAGGCAGAAAUCAUGGAAUCACAGGGGACAGUCAGUCCACAAGUGCCCACCUCACCCAAGUCUAGCCUUAGUGUUCAGCCUGGCUUCCUGGCAGACCUAAACAGGACUCUGCAGCGGAAGUCCAUCACUCGGCAUGGCUCCCUCUCUUCUUCCCGUGUAUCCAGAACAGAACCGACUGCCACAAUGGAUGACAUGGUGUUGCCUCCACCCCCACCAGAACUGCUUGCUGACCAGCAAAAGACUGGCAGCUAUGGAGGCAGCCACAUCUCAGGCUAUGCAACGUUGCGGAGGGGGCCACCUCCCGCUCCCCCUAAAAGGGAUCAGAACACCAAGCUGUCUAGAGACUGGUAAUUGUUAGGUGAACUAUAUCUGUGUGACUUUCAGUCAAUUUUACAAUCAGCAAAUCUGUACUGUGUAGAGAGAGAAAACAUGUGACUUGUGCGGUAACGUGAUCAAGCCGUGGUUUCCCCGUCGCUAAGAGUAACUAUAUGCAUUCCCUUUCAGAACUAGUCCAAAAAGUUAGAGGGUUUGGGUUUGGUUAUUUCAAAGGCGUGGAGGGGUUUUGUCUUCUCCCUUUCAGUUUCUUUUAUCAUUCGUAUGGAUUGGACCAAAAACCUUUCUUACUUUUUUCUGCAUUUAAGAAAAAAAGAAAUUUUUGUAGUGUCUGUCCAUGUGAGACAUGUUCGUGCAUGUAUUAUAAAUGUAGUUCUAUAAUAGAUUGUGAUAUAUUAAGUCGCAUUAUAGAAGAUAACCAGAAUGUUUUUGUAGACCUGUAUUUAUUGUUUCAGUCCACUGACAUAUAUAUUGCCAGAAAUUGGACUCUAACCAGUCAAACCUUUACCUGAAAAUGAAGAUGCAGGGGGCACUUUAAAUCAGAAAAGCAUCUUUUGGCAGUUUGUGACGGGUAAAUGGUACAGAACUGAAGCAUUGUGUCAGGAUCUGUACAUUGUCAAUUGAUUGGCAGUGCAGACACAACAUACCAAAUCAUUCUGGUCAUAAUACUACUGAAAAUAAAUACAUUUUGAACAAAAAGAGAUUUAUAUAUAAUGGGCUGGAGUGAAUUAUAUUUAUACUAUAAAGAGCCUCCCCUUCCAAAUAAUUGAAAACCACUCUCAGCUCCAACUUUGUUGUUCAUGCACUAAGUGGAAUGCAUAUUUAUUAUUCCAAUCCAAUAGGCAU